AUUCUUUGAAGGCAUUGGACCUGAAACCCGUCUUUGCGUGUAGAUACCUAGUACAGUGUCAGUAUGAUUGAUCGGAAUAGAGUGGCGAUGAAUGGCUGUGGAUGAGACAGGGAUCCUUCCAGGCGGUCAGGGUCCGUGCAUCUGCAGCAGCUCCCUCCCUCUCAAACAUGCACAGUCACAAGACCGGCAAUCCACCGGCGCCGGGAUUUACAUACUGCCGAGGGCUGACCCCGCUUUGCACGUCUCACCGCAUCCACGAUGACAUUGUUUACUGUCAGUCCCGGAUUGUAACACGGGCUGGCCGCCGUUGAGGCGCUGAUGCGGGUCUGAGAGGAGCGAGCCAUGGCUGCCGCCAAGUCGCUACUGUGCGCCGGCCUCUUUUUCUCUCUUUGCGCCCUGGCCAUGCUGACGGUGGCCAUCUACUCCGAUCACUGGUACGAGACUGACGCCAGGAAGCAUAGGGAGCGAUGCCGGACUUUCUCCAGUCGCAGGAACGACCCGGGCUUCAUUUACAUCUCCAACAGCAGCCUUCCGCUGCGGGCGAGCCGGGCGCGGACGGAGCCGGGGACGGGGCUGCUGACGCGGGAUCGCCGGCAGAUGUUCGCCCUGAGCGCCGCGGACGAGUGCAGCCGGCGUUAUAACUCAACCAACAUGGGGCUGUGGAGCAAGUGCCACCGGCAAGGCUUCGACCAGGACAUUGAUGAGCUCAUUCGCAAAGGUUCUAUUGCAAGAUGUUCCUACAUCAAAUACCAUUAUUCUGCAGCCAACAUCCCGAAGAAUCUCUCCUACAACAUGACAAAGACCAUCAGACAGGACGAGUGGCACGCCUUACCAGGUGACGGCUCCAAGCACAUUCCCGCUGCGGUUCCUGUCCCCCCCAGCCUGAUCGUGCUGCAUUCUGGAGGUCACAGCGAACCUGCGGCGGAUGACAGCCGGAUUCAUGGGCAUGGCGGGGGCCAUUAUCCUCUUCGGAUGGCUGGUGGGGUUGUUGGGGGGCUGCUGGGAUCAGGGUCUCAUGCAGUAUGUGGCUGGACUGCUCUUCCUCAUGGGUGGCACCUUCUGCAUAAUCUCCCUCUGCACUUGUGUGGCCGGCAUCAACUUCGAGUUCUCCCGCUACCCACGCUACCUGUAUGGACUGCCCGACGAUAUCGCCCACGGUUACGGCUGGUCCAUGUUCUGCGCCUGGGGGGGGCUGGGGCUGACGCUUAUCGCCGGGUUCUUCUGCACCCUGGCCCCCUCUAUGCAACCUGUGCCGUCCCAGUGCUCCAAGACGCGGCCUGAAAACGGGACCGUGUGCUGAGGAAUCUGAACCUCUCUGCACCGUUUCAGCGUGUGAAAAGAGGGGGGGGGGGGUGCACCAUGUACAUUUUGGGCAGCGUAAACGACGUGCAAAAAAAUGCGUGUGUUCAAACAGGGGCCUUUGCUAGGUUUUGCCAAAAGACUGGAACAGAACGUUGUGUGACGGCAGCUUCCCAAACAGAACUCGACAGCGUCUGAAUAACAAGUGCUGCAGAUUAACAAGUCAACCUCUAUUGUGAAGGACAGGAUUCUGCUUCAGGAUAUUUCAAAAGGAAGGAAUUAAGAGAUGCGGUUUAGCUUGAAGGCUGAGAAAGAAGCAGCCUGGCCUGUAACAUAAUGGACAGAAAACCCUCUGCUUCCUUAGGGAACCAUUCCCAAAAAGCGUGGAAAUCUGCACGGGACAGACAGUGGGAUUAUCCGAGUUCUACCAGGCUUUUCCGGAGCAGGAGUCCUUAUUUCACCUGGGGGGGCGGGGGGGUCCUAUUCUCUUCUGGGAAAGUUUUCGUGAAAACCAUUAUGCUUGUCGUUGAAUUUCCCCAAACAAAAUGGGAGGAAGGGAAAACAAAAAUUCACAUUUUUGCUAUAUUGAGCUUGUGAUCACAAAUUACUUUUUCAAACCCUUUCCAAAGUGUCAUGUCAACAGUUUCCUCUUUCUAGUGCAAAUCUGAACGCGGUUUCUUGAGAGUGCUGAACGUAACCCAUUAAGCAUGUCAAACUUCAAGCACUCUCGUCAGGUUUCCCCACAUGUAAAUAGCUGUAAAAUUAUACUAUGGACAAAAAAAAAGUGAAGAGGAUGUUGGCUAUUUCCACCAUUAAGGGUACAUUUUCCUCGAAGCAAUUCAGGGCCCUCAAUGGACUGUAGUCUGAUGAAGCGUUGUAGAGUUACACAAGUACAGACUGCAGAGCGUCUCCAGAGGCACAAUGUACACUAUAAUUCAGUCCAUGCUGUAUUCCAGAAAAGGGGGGGGGGGGAGAACGGGGGGGGACCUGACUCAAUAAAAGCACCUUAGCUCUUAGCCAUCGCCGAGAUAGAAGCAUAUUAUGAGCUUAAAAGACAAUCUGUUCUGAGACUAGUAGGUCUUAGAUGGUUGUAAGAGACAAUUCGUGAAAUGACCAGAUUCCUUCACCUAUAAGGAAAAGCAAAGUGAUAAUCAAAUCCGGGACUAAAAAGAAAAACAAGACCCGAUUAGUGAUGGAGUCAGUCUUGCCACAGGCUUUUCAUUUCCUUGAUUUUCCUCAGACUACAGGAACAUCAAGCUAAAAUGACUCAAAGCUAAAUCACCAUAUUCAAGCACAGAACCCAGCUUCAUGUGAAUGCAUGGAUGGAGCAGGAAACAUCAUGCUCUGAACACCAUACUUCUCUUGCAGCUGGAUUUUGGACAUUGGUACAAAGACAAGGGUAGGAGACAUCCUGUAAUUGUUUAACAAUAAAUAAAGGAUAUGACUGCUUUUUA